CUAUCCGUGACAUAAAUAGAACUGUUCGAACUAUCGCAAGUAAUAGUCUGACCCAGUAUAGCUUUAGCAGGAAGGAUCUAUUUGAUGGAGUGACGCAAAGGUGUGAUUCGGUUAUCAGAUUGUCUAUCCUUAGAAGAUCCUUAAACAUCUCAAGAAUGCUCUGCUGCUUGAAUUGAGAGCCGAUCAUGCAGGCCGUAAACAAUAUGAAUGAGAUUAAGGGCUGAGAAUAGACUAAGACGUUCAUAAGCUUGGAGUACGUAGGAAUUAUCGGGUACAUUUUCCAAUAUAUUAUAUUGACCCGGCAGAGCGCACAGAAUACAGUUGCACAAAUUAUCCGACCAUAGAUGCGCAUUACGCGCGACUUUCUGAAUUGGCCCGUGCGAAUAUCAAAGUAGAAGGCAGCGACGCCGUAAGACAUCAGAAAAUAUGUUAUCCACGCGUACAUAACGUGGUUUCCCGAAGACAUUUUUCCGCCGACUGAACAGUGUAGAGCUGCAUUCGCUGAGCUGAACGAAAAUUAAUUUGAGAAAUGCAUUUAAGAUGCGUGAGUUGAUAAAAGGAAAUGUGACAGCUCAGUGGGGCUAACACUUACUGUUAUUUGCAUAAUGUAUAUGGUUUAAGUGUCCAGUUAUGAAAGAGUUUGGUAUUGCCAAGUAAUAUCUUAUAGUUGAAGUGUAAAAGACUUGACUGCCAAAGUAUACCCAACAGACGAUAUAGUCUUGGUCCAUUCAGCUAUGGCCGACUCAUCGAGUCUUAACGGGGUCUAUGGUCAUAGAGGGGUUGUCUCUUUUCAAUAAUGCCGAAACACACACGAAAGCAUCACAGCUGCCGAACACAUCGAUCGGAUUGGAUUUGAUGUUUGGAUCAUGCGUCGCGCGUUCAACAUUGUUUAGUGCUUUGGCAGCAAUCGCGUCAAUCAGUCGGACGAGCGGAUCGUAAACUCUAAUUAAACUACAAAAAAAAAAAAAAAAGUUUGCCAAAGCAAUUGCAAACGAAAAUGUGUGGGGCUCAGUUCGCUUGAUAGUUGGGAGAAAAUUAGAGAACCUUGGAUUCGAGCUAACCAUUUUCAAUUAGAGGCGAAAAUAAUGCAAUUUAUGAACGCGCACAGAAUUUGCGACAUUUUUUGCUAAACGGAUUUCAUGCUUCAGUUACACUUACAACAGCAACAACAACAACACCAUCAUCCACUAAUAACACUGAAUUAAAAAAACAGUUAGCGCGUUUAUCAAUGUGCAAGGUCAGAGCCAACAUGACCCUCGGAGCACACCUCAUGUGCAGCUUGAUUGGGCUAGGGCUGCUGUUGUUGCCCGGCCACGCCCACUACAUACAAAUCGAUCACGAGGAGUUUCGGGCCAGUGGCUAUCCCCAUCCACCGCCGCCACCAGCUGCACUGACGCCGCUGGAGCUGGAGCGUCUGCCGCAUGUGCUGGCCAAGCAGCUGACGCCGGCUGAGGUGAUGGUCGAUCUGACCAACGAUCUGACCCAUCGGCUGCUCCACUAUCACUCCAUACUCAAUCGGAAUAACUUUGCGUUCUCGCCGACGGCACUGGUCAGCGUGCUGGUGGCCCUCUACGAGGGCUCCACGGCCAGGAGCGCCACAGAGCUGCGCAAUGUGCUUCAGCUGCCCAGCAAUCGUGACGUCAUACGCGUCGGCUACCGUGACAUACACCGACGGCUGCGGACCUACUUCUUCGGCUCCGACAAUCCCCUGAAGGGGCUCAGCCUGAGCCGCGCCAAUGUGACCGUGCUGAAGGACUUUGAGACUGUGCUCAUGUUCUAUGGCUACGAUCUGAGUGUCGACAUGACCUCGUCGACGCCAGCGAAUAUGACAGUGGGCGUGGCCAAUGCCACCGUGGCGGGCAAUGCGACGGCUGAGGAGAUGCAGGCUCCGACAAGCACGCCCCAGGAUGUGGACACAACAGCAGCAACCGAGCUGCCCACUAGCACCACCGCAGAGCCAGUCACCAGCACAGCCAUGCCCACGACCACCACAACAACAGAGGAGACAACCACAACCACAACUGAAGCGGAGACAACAGCCACAGAGGCGGCUACAGAGGCUACCACCUCCGCGGAGGCCUCUGAGGCCGCUGAGCCAGCCGCCGGCGAGGAUGAGGCAGCCGAGCUGGUGUCCGCCUUUGUCGCCGAAGAGGAUGCCGAACCCUUUCUGCGCAUACAAAAGGCGCGCGUCUCGCGUCUGCCCGUUAGCAAGCUGCAGGCACCGCUCAAGCACUCCAAUCCCAUAACGCCUAAGCCCGGCUAUUUGCCCAGCGCUCGCAUUAGCGUCCUGCCCAUGAUGGCCCGUCAGAUGGCAGAUGUGCGACCCACACACCGACAGACUGUGCCUCACUUUGGCGCACGUUCAGCUGCGCCCACGUCCAUGUCCUCGCCUAACACAACGCGCAGAUCGAAUGGGGCGACUCGGCACAAGCGCCAUGUGUUGGGCUACAAAGAGCUGGACGCGAAUCUCUUUGUGACGCUGUUCAGCCCGCAUGCACCACAUGGCCCACCACAUCCGCUGCCCAUACCGCCGACAGCAGCCUUUGCGCACAUCUCAAACGACUUUGAUCCGCACUUCAUCAGCGAUGGAGCUGAGGGCAAAACCAACUACAAUACGGAUGUGAUCAGUCAUGUGUUCUAUCUGGGCAGCCAGCAGGUGGUGCACACCACAUUUAAGGUGUACAAUGCGGUGCUCUACUACAAGUACUUCGAGCAUCUGAAGAUGAGCGUGCUGGAGCUGGAGCUGGACACACCCGAGUACAAUUUGAUGAUCUUGCUGCCCGACUACCACAUGGACAUUGUGGCCGCAGCUGCCUCGUUGAAGCUGGGGCCCACGCUGCGGCUGAUGCGCAAGCAGCUGAAGCCACGCUGGGUGCAGGCCAUCAUACCCGACUUCAAGCUGCACGGCACCAUGUUCCUGACCAACGAUCUGCAGAAUAUGGGCAUCUGUGAUAUCUUCGAGCCGAACCGCGCCGACUUUCGACCCAUGACUGAGGAGAAGGGCGUCUAUGUGCGACACAUUGAGCAAUCGAUCGAUGUCAACAUCCGAACGCAUCCGAUCAAUCAGCUCAAACGCAACACAGGCGCCCAAACGAAGCCCAUACAGAUCUCUGUGAAUCAUCCGUUUCUGUUUUUCAUCAUCGAUCGCGACUUAGACGUGGCCGUCAUGUCGGGCCGCAUACUCAAUCCACUCAAUGUGCGCAUACAAUGAGCUCUGGGCACUGGAGCACAACGAAGGUCAACGGAUUGAACAGCAUUGAAAGCGAAGUUGGAAGCAUUACUUGCUUCCUGGUGCCAGCCUAACAUACAUCUUCAGUUGUACAAUUGUAAUGUAAAUAAUGCAAAUGUUUUCUUUUUAUAAAUGAUGCUCACUUUUUUUA